CGCGCGAUCCACAUUUCUCUCCUACAAGCUACAAUGCGGCGUUGGAACGAGUUUAGGCAGCGUUGAGGAGAUGGUGGCAGCCCUGGAAUCGGAGCCUGUUCAAAUGCGGAGUGCACGAGACACGGAGCGGAUGCUCCAGAGCGACUAUUGCGACAGAGAACUUAUUGAAGAGCAGCUCAAACAAAAAACCCUGCUCGAUGAUGUGUAUGAUGCCGGGAAAGGGAGAAUUUGGAAAGUCGCCCAGUUCUCGGUGUUCCCGUCGGAUUGCAAAGGCAGCUUCCAGCACCGAACACGGUCAGGGGAUAAACUACAAGAAAUUUCGGAGUGGCUCCAGGAGACCAAGGGACUAGACGGUCUCCCAGAGAUGCUCGUGAAAGGUGCCUCCCCAGCGAAUCCGUCUUUCUUCCUCGACUUGUGUGCUGGUCCGGGGACGUGGUCUGACUGGCUCCUAGACGAAAUCGAUUUGCUGGACCAGAGACGACUGGAAAACGAAACUCACCCGUUCUCUGCUCCUGCCGAUCUCUCUCCGCAAACAGCGACAGAGGAAGAGCGGUCAACAAGGCCUGCCGCAAGGCGGCUCCACGGUCCAAGCUGUUACGGGUUCGGCAUCUCUCUCAACAUUUCUGACCUAGCUGCAAUGAGAGACACACGAUUCUGGCACAUCGCGAAAGAGGUCACUGAACGACCAAAUUAUGAGAGCGUAACGGCUUCGAAUAACAGCGGCAAUCUUUAUUGCUCGAAAAACAUCAAAGCAAUGAGGCACAAAAUCGAACUGAGAGUGACUGAGAUUCAGGAACAGUGCGCAGCUCUCUUGCCCCAAGCAGACACUGCAACAGGAAGCAAACAAACGCUUUCCUUCAGAGAUCAAAUGAGCCCCUCUCGAUCAGCGAGGUCACGGAGAUCAGGGAACCAAGGAGUCAUCAAACUCAUUGUAGCCGAUGGCGGCAUCACCAUACCAAAGAAGACAGUGACAGGGCAGCACUUGGACAACUACCAGGAGCUGCUGACUGGGCGGCUGUUGCUCUCGGAGUUUCUGAUUGCUUUCCAACUUCUUCAGCACGGAGGCACUUUCAUCUGCACGGUAUUCGACUCUUUCACAUCGUUCACCGCCUCCCUCUUGUUUCUGUGCAUUGCACUAUUUGAAGAGGUCUACAUUGUCAAACCUUCACGAAAUCGGUGGACGAACUCGGAAAGACAACUUGUAGCGCUGAAGUUUCGCCGUUUCCGUUCGGUCAAUCUCGGGGCCGUGGCGGUUGCAUCGGCGGUAGCCGGAGCAAAGCUGCAUUCUCUGCCAUCGUCUCCAGCGUCUUCUCGCGGGACUCGUCGCCCGGAAGCGUCUUCCCUUUCCUCGUCGCUUUCCGCUUCGCUUUCGUCUUCACUUUCGUUGCCGAAAAAGCGACCGACAGUCGCUAUGUUUCCUCGCGUGUCGCGCGUGUACAGUGCAGCAGUCUCGAAGUUGACACGAGUGCACGAAGCGCUGAGCGACGCCGCACCUCCAACAGACUACUACACAGUUCUCCCGGAGACGAUUUUCCGCCGGUCAUUUCUGAAGAACGACACGCUUUUUGUCGAGUCGUACCGGCGCAUGUGUGUGGAGCUUUGUCGGCUGCAAUGCAUCAGUCUGCAGCAGACCUACGCUAAGUUCCUCGACCUGCAGCGGAAUCCCGGCCAGCUCCAGGAACUCAGACAGCGGCAGCGGACUCUUGAGCGGUGCAUGAAUGCACUCAAAGGCAGCGCAGCGAUUGCGUCGAUGUCCACAAUGGCUCGACCGUCGUCCUGCGAAACUAGUCGGUACGCUGGCGGCGACACGCCUUCGCCGUACGGCGGAGACAGAACACGCAGAACUCUGAUGGACUUGUACGCGUUUAGUCCAGGAACGCACUUCUGUGGCAAGUAUGCAAGCGCGACAGAGCGCGGGCCGAAUUCGCCUGGCGAAGGCGACGAACGCGGCGCUCGCAGUGGCGACCGGACGCUCGGUUCCGUCUUCUCGCCCGCAGUGUCAGAAGACGAACAGGGACGGCCGCGGGAGACACAGGCAGAAACGCGGGAAAGGGAAAUCGAGGCAGACUGGUGGCGCAUGGGGGAACGACGGCGACAGAGAGGGAAAGCAGUGUACGAAGGUCUAGCCACCAAGACUGUGGCGGCAGAACAGACAGAGGGGCACUGCACACAGGCAAGGCUCGAAAAUGUGCGAGUGAGUGCCGACUGGUCUACCUCGCGUUCGUUUGCUUCUGCCGGAGGCGAGAGUUCGUCCUCGUGGCGGAGACAGGACGAGGAAAGACCGAAAAAAAGGAACCUGACUACCGGCGGUUUGGAGCCCUCCCGGCAAAAAACAAGCUCAGAUGAGUCAGAAAAACUGACGAGUCUCCCGCUCCUUCCUACGCCGUCAACCGGGGUGGAUGUCCGUGUCUCAAACACUGACUUUUGGUGUGCAGUGCUCGCAGACAACACUAGUGAAAGUGAUAAACUCCAAUCCACACGCGGUUCGGCUCUUGACGGCGCAUGUACUCCGCUCCCAAGCAACGCUUCAGCAGAACAGGCCAAGAAAGACAACCUUCCGUCCAGCCACCAGGGAAAAACGAAAACAGAGAUGGAACAGACGGCCGAGAGCGCGGGGAAGAUCAGCGAAAGAGCGAAACCUCAGGACCGAGAAGCUGAGACAGAGCCGGAGACGAUCGAAACGCGCGGGAGCGCGGGCGAAGGUGCUACGAACGGAAUCGAUGCAGAAGUGAUUUAUUUAAUUCAGGCUCCUGAAGCGGAUGUAUCAGACGUUUUCUUCCAGAAUGAGACCUUCCAAGUGUCAGGGAGCGUUCUUCUGUCCCCUCGGACAACAGGAGAAGACGCUCUUGUCAGACCUCUGUUAUGUCAGUCGCACUCGCAAAAUGAAAACUCCGUGUCUUUUGAGAGACACGCACAAGAACAUGCAUGCAUACCAACCCGCACCCCGACGCCGCUGUCCUCCUUCGCUCUCGAACCGUUCGCUGUCGAACAGAUGACAGAACAAACGAGGAAAGACUCCAGCAAGGGCGACGAGAUGCAGGAGGAGGUGAGGAGCCCCGGCAAUAGGAAUACAUCUUGCCCAAGAACAUCUUCAGAAGAAGCCGAAGAAGAGAAUGCAGCGCACACAGCGGUGUCAAUCAUCGAGUCGGUGCUGGACUGCGAACUGGAAGAACUCAAUGUCGAGGGCGCCGCCCUAAAGACAAGCGUUAUGCAGAGAAGAGCGAGUGCAAGACUUCCACUCGUCACCUCUGCGGCAGAAUCCAGCGGCGGUGAGAAUUCCAUCCCGCCAGAGACUUUCUCGGAGGGGCAUGAAAUCCACUUUCCCUCGGUGGCCGUGAGCGCCGUAUUAUCCCCUGCUGUGACUGUCGUUUCCUCUGGAACUGUUGGGUCCCCAGCAUCAGAGGAAAAUGCGAGAGUUCAGCGAGCGGAGAAAAUCCCAAUUACCGAGACAGACACCAAGCUCAUCGAAGCCGUCGACGAUGGACAAUGCGCCGUGGCAAGUCAUAUAGCGGAAAGUGCUGGUAAGACAUGGAGUGGAAAUGCACCGCACGAGAGCGACCGUAAGCUGGAGGGUGGACCUCUGCGAGGUGUCUAUGUGACUGGCGCAGCAAACCAUGAAACUGUGAGCUUCGGUCUCCUUUCUCAGUCGCCGAAAAUGGUUUUUUCACAGCAGACUGCGCAAGGGCGACCGGGGAGAAGUCACGGUCUUGGAAAUGCACUGCGGCGGAGAAUCACCAACCAAGUUUUGAAGACUCUUAACGAUCACCUGCAAGGUUCCCAAAGUGGCUCGACUGAAAUACGCCCAGCCGGUGUCAGUGAAGCAAAGGAGUCGAUAAAGCCUUCGCGAGAGGCGCGCUUGACGGAGCAAAAACAUCCCCGAACUAAUAAUGUGAAGAGAGAGAGUAUAAUGCCUGAGGAAGCUGCUGCACCAGUAGAGCGAUAUACAAGAGUCGCUAGCGACAGGCAAAAGGCCACUGUCUCUGGCAAGCAUGUACACGUUGAAGAAGAUGUGACCAGCACAGUCAGCACACUCCCUACAGAGACGAUCGAUAUUGCUGUCGGCAUCCAUGUCGAUGAGAGUCCCUGAUGAAGAUACGGAACGCGGUGGUAUGAACAAAUGAGGGACACGAGUGGAAUCUGGAGUUACGGAGCCACGGAUUAGGGUCUAACCCCUCAACCCUCGAGGAAAUAAGUUGUCCCGCGAAGUGUAGAUCAGGACGAAACGAGAGAAACCCUGCAAAGACGGAAGAAACGCCGAACGACUGGCGUUGGCGGUAUUUCGCAUGUAAAGGAGGCAUGGCCACGAGAAGUCUUGCAUACUGAUUACGGAGAAAAUAGAGAGGCAAUGUACUCAAGCGAAUCCAGAAAUAUAAGGAUUGCUGGGUCGGGCAUCCAGGGAGAAAAUGCACAGCGACAAUGCGGCACGAAUGUUGUUUGGCAUUUGUUGUGCAUGACGCACCCGCGCAUUUGCCUUCAACGUUCGAUAACCGGGGGAAUUCUUUGCACCCGCUAUGCAUCAUGACAGCCUUGUUUUGACUCAAAGGAGGCAGACCGUUUUUCACGCAUCUCUUUGUUAGCGUUGUUUCGUCACCUGUGUCCCCUCUGUUUCUAGAGCGGAGCUUGAAGAUAGCGAACAGGUUUCAGGAGAGAAACAGAUCUCAGGUGUGCGCGCCAACCCCUGCGUUCCAACACAGAAGAGGGCUUCUUCGUCAUUGGCGUUCGGUACUUCUUCACUCCUUUUGUCGUCGAGUUGUUGUCCCCUUUCCAGCAGAAAAGACGAGCACCUCAAAACGAUGGUUUUCCUGUCGAGCUGGUCGUCGGCUUGCUGCACCUAUUUGUCAAUUCUUGGCGGCUGGGCGCAGGCCUGAGCAAGUUUGUGAGAGAGGAGAUGUUUUGUAUUGCAGAUUAUUUGUGUAUCCUGUGAAACAAUGGAUUCAAUGACUUCGUGGUGCCGUCUGCUUGAAUACGAGGCCGAACCGGUUCACGGCGCACGCCACUCGUCUUCGGAUGAUGUUUACCUUUUUCUCGGUUGCUGCUCCAAUUCGCCUUCUGUAGAUUCUAUACGGUUCUGUAGCAGUCCCAGACUAAGUCGUGCGUCUUCGUUUUCUCCAAGCUGGAGCACGACAUGCAGUUAUACUUGGGAAGCAAAUACUUUCUGAUAAUUAUUCACGCUUGCUGCGGGGAAACGGAAGGGUUGUUGAUUUCAGGCGAGGGGCGUCCUCGUUCCGACGACAUUAGGUACGGAGUUGUCUGUAUACGAAAGUUCAUGUAUGGCGUUCGAGAACAGACUUGUCUAAGUAAACUUGCAUUCCCUGUACACGUGGACCUCAUGUGCGUGUGUGCGCACGUGUGCCGCUGUGAAGCCCUUGGCGCUCAUGCAAUGUGGCUCGACUCUCGUGUCUCUUUCACGGACAAAGCAAGCAUUUUGCAUGAAAACACAAAUUCUUAUCUCCGGAGACUAUUCAGACGUCUCAUGCAGCUACCUGCCCCAGGCGCUGCGUGUCGGCAUGCAUGAAUUUCUACAAUAUCUACAUAUGUGCAUGAGAUGCACACAUGUUCUGCGUAGGUUCGUACUGUCUACACGCCAAGAAAGCUUUUGCCUAUUUCACAAUUCAUCUUUCGUCUGCCUUCACAACACACUCGAAGUGACAAGACUCUCGUCGUGGGACACAUAUUUCACUUGUCUGGCCUG